AUGGGCGAUCAUGUCCCAGGGCUUCUUAUUCCGAUUGCUUUCCUUUCCUCCUUGAGGACUAAUUUACAAAUAUCCACUUUUCCCGAAGAUGCAAUCUAUAACCCUUCCUCGCCUUAUGGUAUCUCCCUGGUGAAUACUCCUGACACACCUUGUACUUCUCUAUAUGCAUCGACCAGUCAGGAAAGCCUUUGUCUACCGUCUCCGGCGUUCCAGAAACCCGCACGGUGCGCCAAAAUCAUAGAGUCAUUAGAUAUUGACUCCGCUCCCUACAGCGCUGCUUUGCCUGCUAGCACUCACCUCUCCGUAUUUCCCACUCAAUCCGAGAACGAAGUGGCUUCUGCUCUUGGUAUCAUAUCAGAGAGUGUCGUCCAGCAACGGCAAUUGGCAGCUAGAGCCAUCAUUUCACAUCCUGGAGUGCUUGCGGCAGGUAUACUGUUCUUCCUAUCUAGCGCUAAGAUCAUCUACUCUGGCUCUCCCGCCGACCUUAUCCUAAUCCUCAGCGUCUGGACGUUGAGCAUAUUAGUUGCGAUCCUGGUGGUCCGUUUUAUGGUCAAGGGCUAUUUAGACCAGAUCCGGGAGACAAGGGAUAUAAAUUGGCUUUCACAAGACUCCGUUCACGGGCUAUCGCAUAGGCGUGAUGAAGUAUUUAUUGCCCGGGACGAGGAAGGUGGAGAUGUUGUUGGUGUCCUGGUUAUGAGGAUAUGCAAAACGGUUACCGAUGCUAGUACGCCGGGCGUACGGCCACGGUCAGCCAGGCGCAAAAGCUCUGCCAGAUGGACUGGUAUAAUCCGUGCGUGGGCGGUCAAACAGCCCGCUAGAUCGAAUGGAGUGGGCACCAAAUUAUUGGAAGAAGCUAUUGCUAAUUGUCGGCUACGGACCCUGGACGGCCCUAUGUUCGCCGACGACCACGUUCAUUCGAAGCGAUUUCUACCAGGGAUGUUUAACGUUGGUUUUGACAAGCAAGAUGCAUGGGCACGGAGGUUUUUGGAACACACUGUUAUGAGGGAAAGGAACAAGUAA